AGAAUGGUAAUACAGCGAAGUUGGAAAAUUCCCUCUGAUGUGGGGGGAUCAUUAGGCGGCAGCACUACAGCCUCCAACGAAGGCCAGCAGCGCUCGUCCCCGGGCCUGCAGCUUCAAGCAGCAAACUCCUCCUCAGAUGACUCCGAUUGCUCAAAUCAGACCACACACUCCAUGGACACACGCGUGGCUAGUCCGGCGGAGUGCGUAAAAAAGCAGGGCGAAAAGGACGGAGGCGUUACCGAAACCAGCAGCAUUACCCUCUCACUCCUGGGCGAAUCCACAUCCUCGGAUGUGGAGCCUGCUUUGAAAUACGUUACCACCCCGGACAUGGCAGAGACCAUGCUGCAGCGCAUUCGGCAGAGACUUGGUGGCACGCACAACAUGGAAAGCGGCGGCAGUGCCGAGUCGGCCAUGAGAGCACUGGAGCUGCUGAGGAUUAGCGUGCAGCAGUCCUUUGAUGCGGAGGUCAAUGAGAUAAUUCAACGCUACAUUAAUAACUACUUUAAGCCCGCUUUUGCGAACAUCAAGGAAAACCUGGGCCAGCAUUCGGUGAACGAGGAAACGCUUCAGAAGAUGUCCUCUUGUGCUCUGCUCGAGAACGCCAAGGCCCAGUACACAAAUUUUGUGCGCCAGCAUCGUUUGUUGCCAGGAGCCACCACGGAGCAGCAGCGCUUGUCUCUGAAACGCACAGCUAAGCCGGAAACGGCCACAAACAACAAGGUUUUCGCUAGUUUUGCGGCCACCAAACCCAUGCCCUGCACGGCCACAACAGCGAAUCAGUUGCCGCCCGUAAAUCAGCAGCAGAUAGCAAACCAGUCGCUGCCAGUGCCACAGGAACUGCCGGUGGUGCCGCCUCUUCAGCAGCCGUCGCAUCGAUCUGCUAUUACCCCGUUGGUUGGUGGAACUCUGCCCACUCCAGUUCGCCGGCAGAUUUUUUGGAACACAGCUCAAAUAUCAACGAGCACCAAGUUUGUACUGGACGUGCAGGCCAACCUGGCCUUUGGAUUUGGCACCGACGGGAAGGAGCGGCUGGCCAGCAAACAUCCGGAGCUGAUACGCUAUUUGCCCGACGCCGAAGAUCGCGAAUGGUUGGCUACCCGAGGCAUCAUACCGGCCGAAAAUCGCAGCUCACGCUUUUUGUUUCUCAUCUACGACGAGGUCUGCAGGCUACAGCAGACCCACGACUUGUACCGCCACAAGACCAACAUAGAUCUUUCCAUGAUGAUAACUUUUAAUGUGACGGAGGCCAUGAUCCACAAGAUGAAGCUUUUCUUCGUGGAUCUGAACAUCAAGAGCCGCGGUCUCAUCACCAACUCAUUCAUAAUGCCAAGUCAGCAGACGGGAAACACCACCAACAACAGUCAUCUGAGAAAUGCUCUCCUCCAGGGGGCUUCUGCCCAGCAGCAGCAGCAACAACAACAGUCGGUGGCCACUCCACCAGCUGAGGAUUCGAUUUUGAAGGAGCUACCGGCUGCAUCGCCGACUCCCUGCUUGCAAGGCCAAGUCGUGGGUAGCACCACAACGCCGCUAAAGACCAAGCUGGGGGCCAGUUCCACCCUGAGCUCCUCGCACGCCACCCUGACGGCGCUGCUUAACAACGGAGGAGCUGUCGUGGGAGCUGCUCCUGGGGUGAACUCAAGUCCCAGCUCCGGCGGAAAGUUUAGAAACUAGGUUGCUUAAAAUGGACAACUAAUUUAAUCGCUAUAAUGUAGUCCCCCUGGAAAGAAUCUUUUUGUAAGCUGCUGGUCUAUUUUUGCGGAAUUUUGAUUUUUAAGUUUUCCAUUCCAAUAUUUGUCUUUUAAGAUUUUGUGAAUAAUGUAGAUACAGUUAGGAUGCUCCUUCGAAAAGUUUAUGUACUUCCCGACCACUUGAAAUGAAUACACAUUGAAAUAAAUAUUUGAUUUUUAUUGAAACUCAA